AUGGCUAAGAGGAUAGAAAAGUGGGAGAUAGAUAGAUACUGGGAAAUCUUCUCCUCCCUCGUACCGCAACCAGCAACACAAUCCUCACGCCUCUCAAGCGUAGCAGCAGCAUCUGUACUUCGAAACUCACAGCUCCGAGACGAUCAGCUCGAAAGAGUAUGGGACUUAUCAGACGUGGACGGCGACGGAGAGCUGGACUUUGAGGAGUUUUGCGUCGCAAUGCGCUUGAUUUUCGACUUAGUGAAUGGCGAAUACCAGGACGUACCUCCGCAGCUUCCGGAAUGGUUAGUUCCAGAGAGCAAAGCUCAUCUCGUUGCAGCAAAUCGCGCGGUGAGAACUGGCGCAGACAGAUUUGAGAGGAUAGAAGAUGACGAGGAGGACGCAGGACUCAAAGAUGGAUUCGACUGGUAUAUGAAGCCUGGGGACAAGAGGAAAUACGAGGAGAUAUACUCUGCCAAUAAGGAUAGACGGGGCGAGAUCAGCUUCGAGAGCUUGCACAAUCUAUACUCGAGUCUCGAUGUGCCAGAUACAGAUAUUCGGUCGGCAUGGAACUUGAUCAACACGAGCGGACGAAGUACGAUAGGGAAGGACGCUUCCCUAGCUUUCUUACACAUUCUCAACUACAGACAUGAAGGCUACAGGAUACCUCGAACUGUGCCUGCCAGUCUGCGGUCCAGCUUUGAACAAAACCAGAUCGACUACCAACUGGACAGCAUGCGGAACAAGCCGAGCAAAUACGAUGAAGAUACUACUUCAGGUCGAAAAGCCAAGUUCGGCGAUGCCUAUCUAUCUAGAAUUGGUGGACGAGGCGGAAAUGCAUACGAGCCUAAGGGAACAGACUUCAGCACAGUCACUGAAGACGAAGAGCUGGAGAAGGUACGUCUGCUCCGUGAGCUGCACGACCUUGAACAGCAACACGAAUCUGCGACCGCUGCAGCAGACCGACGACGGAAGCAGAAGCAGGAGAACAAUGGUCCAAGACAAACCGGCAAAACAAACUGGACACUGGUCAAGAGAGAAGCUCAACAACUGCUCGAAUAUAAGCAGAGACAGUAUGUUGACUUGAACAAAGAGGGCGGAAACCAGGCCGGGAAUGACCUUAAUCGAUUGCGCGACGAUCUAAAUCUUGUACGAGACCAAAUAGAAGGAUUGGAGGCACAUCUCAGGAAACGGCAGGCCGACCUGGACAACAUUCGCCAGGAAGUCGAGCACGAGAAGACGAGUCGGUAG